AUUUAUGAGUAAAUAAUCUAAAUAAUAUCUCUCAACAUCUGCACCUCACAUUGAAACAUCUUAAUUAUCUAGUGUAUCACCUAAAAAAGAGUUUUAUGAUGCUACAAAACAAUUGGAAGCUGCAAAGAGAAGAAUCAGUCUUCUUAGAUUGGAAAAUGAAAUAAGGUAUUAUUUAACUUUAUAGGUAAGGGAGAAGAAAUUAUAAAUACAAUAACAAAAAUAAGAACAAUUAACUAAAAUUAGAGAAGACCAUGAACUCUUUAAAGAAUAUAAAUAAGCACACAAAGAAUAAGUGAAUAUGCAAUUACAGAAUUUAGUACAUAGAACUAGGAACAUGAAAAUGUAACAAUCAUAAGAUAAGAAAUUAAUCUAAUACAACUUUAGAUAGAUGAAAUAAUAGGAAGUGAAGAAUAUUAAAGAACAAUCCUAAAGAAAUGAGUAUAUUAUUAGAUAGAACUUGGACUCAAUAAAAUAAUAAAAGGCAGAAUAAAAAUAAUAAGUAUAAACUUAAGUCUAACUUGCUUAAUAAACUAUUUAGAACUUUCGUAAAUAAAAAUAUCUUCGAUUCAUUUAAGAACAUUAAAUCUCUAAAUCUCAGCAUUCCAUGGAAGCCGACUUAAAGUUGUAAUAGAUAGAAGAACUCAAAAAAUAGGAAGCCUACUUACUCAUCAAAUUAGAUGAAACAACAAAUGUAUUUAUCUAAUUUAUAUAUUAUAAAAGCAAGUCAAUAAACUUAAUUAAAGUGUCCUUAUUAAACAAUCUUAAACAACACCAAAAACUGCAUCCUAUUUUUGA